UGGUGACUAUAUUUCUUACAGAAAAUAUUAAAAAUAAUUUAUUUUACAAGAAUCCAAACUAGUUCCUAUAUAAAAAAAAUUGCUGUCAAUCUCCUGUCAAUAGUGUCAAUGCAGUUUUUAGGUUAUGUUUACAUGUUAAUAAAAUUAAAUGUAUGUAAAAUUACUUAAAUAAAUUUUAAUGUUAUUAUGUUUUAAAGCAAAUUAAGGCAAGUCAUGACUAAUAGUAUUAUUACUGAUGCUUUCAACGUCCUUCAUGAGGAGUCGUCAGAUCUAUAUUUGGGCGAGAGUCUGCCUGAAACACGGGCAUUAGAGCCUCUAGAGUUUUUCAGAGAAUAUGUUUCAAAGAAUAUACCAGUUAUCAUCAGAGGAGGCUGUGCUUCCUGGCCGGCUGCAAACAAGUGGAAUGCUGAUUAUUUUAGGAAAACAAUGCCAGAUAAAAAGGUGACAGUGGCCGUCACCCCCAAUGGUCUCGCUGAUGGCAUCACCACCAAUGAUGAGGGGAACGAAUAUUUUGUCAUGCCAUUUGAAGUGGAUAUGACAAUGACGGAGUUUUUAGAUUGCUUAGAACAGAAAAGAGAAAAUUAUAUACCGUACAUACAGAAACAGAACUCCAAUCUAACAGAAGAUUUCAAAGAGCUACUCUGUGACAUACAAUCAGAAAUACCCUUUGCCAGCGAGGCAUUCAACAGGUCACCGGACGCUGUCAACUUUUGGAUGGGAGAUGACAGGGCUGUCACAUCAAUGCACAAAGACCCAUACGAGAACAUCUACUGCGUGAUAGACGGUUUCAAGGAGUUCAUCCUCAUACCCCCCACGGAUCUGCCUCUAGUACCCUACCACCGCUACCCUAGAGCAGAGUUUCAGUACAGUGAGGGUUGGAAGAUAGUGCCGGUUAAAGAUGAAGAUGAAACUGGGUUGCCGUGGAUUUGUGUAGGUAUGUAUAUGAGUUCAUCCUCAUACCCCCCACGGACCUGCCUCUACUGGGUUGCCGUGGAUUUGUGUAGGUAUGUAUAUGAGUUCAUCCUCAUACCCCCCACGGACCUGCCUCUAGUACCCUACCACCGCUACUCUAGAGCAGAGUUUCAGUACAGUGAGGGUUGGAAGAUAGUGCCGGUUAAAGAUGAAGAUGAAACUGGGUUGCCGUGGAUUUGUGUAGAUCCCAAGCAGCCCGAUUACACGAAAUACCCCCAAUUCAAGAAGGCCCACAAAUACAGCGUGAGUCUAGAGAAGGGCGACUGCUUAUACCUGCCCAGCCUCUGGUUCCACCAUGUCACACAAAGUCAUGGGUGCAUAGCGGUCAACUAUUGGUACGACAUGGAUUUCGAUAUCAAGUAUUGUUAUUUUAAGAUGUUAGAGAAGAUGUGUAAGUUCUAGGUAAAAAAUUAUCAAUAAAUGCUUAAAAAAUAA